CUUCCAUCCACAUACACCUCUCUCUCAUCUUUUUCUUUCUUUCUCUUUCUUUCUAUCUAUCUAUCUAUAAUAUGUACUGAAACUUAUUAUAUGAUCCUUCUCUCUCUUUUCCAUCUCUAUCUUUGAUUUUGAUGUGAUUCUCCACUAUUAUUAUCUCCAAAAUCUCAUCAACCUUUACAAAAGAUCAGAAAGAAAGAAAGAAAGAAAGAAAGAAAGAGAGAAAGAAAUCAUAUUAAUAUAGAGAGGAACAAUGGUUUUUUCUUCUCUUCCAGCUUAUCAUCAUGAUCCAGCCAACUGGCAACAGCAACCAAAUCAUCCAAAUAUAAUCACCAGCAGUGCUGGCAUGAGUGGUGGUUCUCAGCUUCUACAACCCUCUGCGCCUUCUCCGCUGCCUCCGCCCCCGCCUCCUCCUCUGCCUCACGGAGGAGGCGGAGCGGGCUCCAUUAGGCCGGGUUCGAUGGCGGAUCGAGCCCGGAUGGCGAACAUUCCCAUGCCAGAAACCGCAUUAAAAUGCCCUCGCUGCGAGUCUGCCAACACCAAGUUUUGCUAUUUCAACAACUACAGCCUCACUCAGCCGAGACACUUCUGCAAAACCUGUAGGAGGUACUGGACCAGAGGUGGCGCCUUGAGAAACGUCCCCGUCGGAGGUGGUUGCCGGAGGAACAAGCGCACCAAAGGGAGUGGCGGCUCCUCCAAGUCCCCAGUCAGCAGCUCCGAUCGACAGACCGGAAGUAUGACCACAUCUGGUUCUUCCGGUGCAGUACCUUCCGGUAAUAACAACUUGAAUAGUGACAUAUUAGGCUUGGCGCACCAGGUCCCGCCGGGGCUCCGUUUCAUGACCCCUUUACAUCAUCAACUCACUCAUCAUCAUCACGACUUCGCCGCGGCCACUAGUGACAACCUGGGCUUUAGCUACGGAGGCCUCAACUACGGUUCUAUGUCGGCACCAAUGGUAGGAGGAGCAGACUUGAGUUUUCACAUCGGUAGCUCCGCUCUAAGCGGUGGCGGAGGAGGGACUGGGCCGAGUUCGCUCUUAACUGGCUUCGAGCAAUGGCGGAUGCAACAACCUCCGCAGUUUCCCUUCAUGGCCUCCGGGUUGGAUCCGGCUUCGGCGGGUUUGUUCGAGAGUCAAGGAGGAGACGGGCCCGGUUAUCAGCCACGGCCGAAGCUUUCGAGUUCUGCGAUAACUCAUCAGAUGGCUUCGGUGAAGAUGGAAGACAAUAACCACCACCACCACCACCACCACCAUCAUCAGCAACAGCAGCAGCAGCAUGAGCUAAAUUUGUCGAGGCAGUUGAUGGGCAAUGAUCAGUACUGGAAUGGCGGCGGCGGAGGCGGAGGCGGAGGCGGUGGUAAUUCUGGUAACAAUGCUUGGACGACGGAUCCUUCUGGGUUCAGCUCAUCUUCCACAACCAGCAAUCAACUAUGAACACUGUAGCUACUAAUUAAACUACUCUCUCUUAUCAUCUCAUUCUCAUAUAAACUUUCAAUAUGUGGUGAUCUGUGAAGCUUCGGGUUUUUUCUUAGUGUGGCUUCAAAUUCCAUAGAUGAUUAACCUUUAAAGAAGAGAAAAAUUGUACGAGACUACAGCUCGAUCAAAGUCUCCGCAACAUGAAUCUUUACACCCAGAUCUUGACCAGGAUGAUAUGAUCAUGAAAGAAGUAUCAGAUACAUACUAUAUCAUGGCCUUUUUCAUAAACCCUAGCUAGCUAGCUAGAAAUAUGGUAGGUUUUUUUUUUCUUACAUCCUUUUUAUUUGGGUUUUUUUUUCUUCCAUCUUCUUCUUAAUUUCUUUGUUUUUAGCUUAAAAAGAAAAUGAAAUUAAUGUGUUAGUAUGUUUACGAGACAAUGAUAGUGUAAGAAUAUUACUUUGAUUGUAGUUUUGAGUUAUUAAAAGAAGAGAGGCAUAUGUUAAUGUUGAUGAUCAUCAAAAGCUGUACUACCAUUGCUAUAUAUAUAUAUGUGUGUAUAUAUAUAUGUAUCAAUGUUUAUUAAUUCGAUAUGCUAUUGCAUGAAUAUAUAUAUAUAUAUUUGAUCAAA